AGAAGAACCUUUUCAAGCUCCCAGCUGGCUCUAUCUUUUACUUUUGAUCUCGGUCCCAAUAAAACCCUAACCAUAACCCAAGCGCUCGACUUUGGAUCGCCGGCGAUCGCCACCGGGCUCGGUCUUGUCUGUAAUCGUCGCCUCCGCGGUUGACUUUCGAGAAUUAAAAAAUGGCUGCCGGUGGCUUCUAGGGCGUGGACUCUUGUGGCACUCUUACCUGGUCCCAUCUUCUUCUCCAGUUGUAUCCCAUCUUCUUGAGCUCGUGUUGUUUGAACGCUUCCCACAACCAGGACAGAGGAAAGAGGUGGAUAGAGAGAGAAGAGACGUCAGAGGGAGUGGAUCCAUUCUUCUGUCUCUUAUUCGCCAUUUCAAGUGGAGAACCGGUCGUGAUCUGGUAUAAAUCCAGUCGUUAUAAGCCUCUAGUGUUUGGAUCCGGUCGUAUUCUCUGAUUCGAUUCGAUGGGAAGCUAGCUCGGAUUCCCGAUUCCGAAAUCCUAAGAUACAUUGAGAUAUAUACAACCAGGCGGAUGGAUAUGGCUUCAAACGGUGCUCUCAGGGGCAGCCGAUCUGCUCGGAUGUCGUCAUCAGGUGUAGAGUUGCAGCAGGGUGGCAACAAGCCACCGCCGCCGCCCAGCGUCACUUUCGGACGGCGGACACAGUCCGGCCGCUACAUCAGCUAUUCGAGGGAUGACCUUGACAGCGAGCUGAGUGGUGAAUUCUCCAAGGAGUUUCUGAAUUACCAUGUCACCAUCCCGCCGACCCCCGACAACCAGCCGAUGGAGGUGAUGAUGGACCAGACAAUCUCUGCCAAGGUUGAGGAGCAGUAUGUGUCCAAUUCCCUCUUCACUGGUGGAUUCAACAGCGUCACCCGUGCUCAUUUAAUGGAUAAGGUGAUCGAGUCGGAGGCGAUGCAUCCCCAGAUGGCUGGUGCCAAGGGGUCUUCUUGUGCAAUCCCCGGUUGCGAUGCCAAGGUCAUGACUGAUGAGCGUGGCAAUGACAUUCUCCCUUGUGAGUGUGACUUCAAGAUCUGUGCUGAUUGCUUCACAGAUGCGGUGAAGGUUGGUGGUGCGGUCUGCCCGGGAUGCAAGGAGCCGUAUAAAGCUACUGACUUGGAGGAGGUGAUGAACAAUGCCGGGCCUGCACGGCAGCUCUCACUGGCACCACCACCCCCUGGGGUGUCGAGGAUGGAGAGAAGGCUGUCAUUGAUGAAGUCUACAAAGUUGACCCGGAGCCAGACUGGCGACUGGGAUCACAACCGAUGGUUAUUCGAGACGAAGGGAACCUAUGGAUAUGGAAAUGCGAUUUGGCCCAAGGAGAGUGGGGGUGAUGAUGGGAAUGGAGGAGAUGGACAGCCAUCAGAGCUGAUGAGCAAGCCUUGGAGGCCUCUCACACGCAAAUUGAAGAUCCCUGCAGCAAUCUUGAGUCCCUAUAGGCUCCUUAUUGUCAUCCGCUUGGCUGCUCUUGGACUCUUUCUUGCUUGGAGAAUUAGGCACAAAAAUGAGGAUGCAAUUUGGCUGUGGGGGAUGUCUGUUGUCUGUGAGCUGUGGUUUGCUUUCUCUUGGAUCUUGGACCAGCUCCCAAAACUUUGUCCCGUAAACCGUGCCACUGACCUAGCAGUCUUGAAAGACAAGUUUGAAACUCCUACACCUAACAACCCUACUGGGAAGUCUGAUCUUCCUGGCAUUGAUGUCUUUGUUUCUACUGCUGAUCCGGAAAAAGAGCCUCCUUUGGUUACCGCAAACACCAUACUCUCCAUCCUUGCUGCUGAUUACCCUGUUGAGAAGCUCGCUUGCUAUGUUUCUGAUGAUGGGGGUGCCUUGCUGACUUUUGAAGCAAUGGCAGAAGCUGCAAGCUUUGCUAAUAUAUGGGUUCCUUUCUGUCGUAAACAUGAUAUUGAGCCAAGAAACCCAGAGACCUACUUCAAUUUGAAGAGCGAUCCUUAUAAGAACAAGGUGCGUUCUGACUUUGUCAAGGACCGGAGGCGGGUGAAGAGAGAGUAUGAUGAGUUCAAGGUCCGCAUCAAUGGAUUGCCUGAUUCUAUUCGCCGGCGGUCUGAUGCAUAUCAUGCUCGUGAGGAGAUUAAAGCCAUGAAGCGACAGAGAGAAACUGCUGGUGAUGAUCUGGUGGAACCUGUUAAGAUCCCCAAAGCCACUUGGAUGGCUGAUGGUACCCAUUGGCCAGGCACUUGGAUUAACCCCUCCUCUGAGCAUUCUCGGGGUGAUCAUGCUGGAAUUAUACAGGUGAUGCUGAAGCCUCCAAGUGAUGAACCACUGUUUGGGAACGAUGAAGAAGGAAAGCCCCUCGACUUCACCGACAUCGACAUCCGUCUUCCCCUGCUGGUCUAUGUCUCGCGUGAAAAACGCCCGGGUUAUGACCAUAACAAAAAGGCUGGUGCCAUGAAUGCCCUCGUUCGUGCCUCUGCCAUCAUGUCUAAUGGCCCCUUCAUUCUCAAUCUUGAUUGUGACCACUACAUCUACAACUCCGAGGCCCUCCGGGAGGGCAUGUGCUUCAUGAUGGAUCGUGGCGGCGACCGUAUCUGUUAUGUCCAGUUCCCACAGCGGUUUGAGGGUAUCGACCCCUCUGACCGUUAUGCCAACCACAACACCGUGUUCUUUGAUGCCAACAUGAGGGCGCUUGAUGGCCUUCAGGGCCCAGUGUAUGUGGGUACUGGUUGUCUUUUCCGCCGCAUCGCACUUUAUGGCUUUGACCCUCCUCGUGCCAAAGAACACCACCCUGGCUGCUGCAGCUGUUGCUUCCCUCGGCGCAAGAGUCCUAGGGCCGCUGCCUCUGAGGAGACCCGUGCCCUUCGAAUGGGAGACUCUGACGAUGAGGACAUGAACCUGUCAACAUUCCCCAAGAAGUUUGGAAACUCAAAUUUCCUAAUUGAUUCAAUCCCAGUGGCUGAGUAUCAGGGGCGACCUCUUGCUGAUCACCCUGCCAUCAAGAAUGGCCGCCCACCUGGUGCCCUCACCAUCCCGCGUGACCUCCUUGAUGCAUCUACCGUAGCUGAGGCCAUCAGUGUCAUCUCAUGCUGGUACGAGGACAAAACUGAAUGGGGCCAGCGUGUUGGGUGGAUCUAUGGGUCUGUUACUGAAGAUGUCCUUACCGGCUACAGGAUGCACAACAGAGGGUGGAAAUCAGUCUAUUGUGUCACCAAGCGUGAUGCCUUCCGUGGGACUGCACCAAUUAACCUCACUGACCGGCUCCACCAGGUCCUCCGGUGGGCUACAGGCUCUGUUGAGAUCUUUUUCUCUCGUAACAAUGCCCUGCUAGGCAGCACCAGGUUGAAGCUCCUCCAGAGGGUUGCUUACCUCAAUGUCGGGAUCUAUCCAUUUACCUCCAUCUUUCUGAUUGUAUACUGCUUCCUCCCGGCGCUCUCCCUCUUCUCAGGACAGUUUAUUGUGCAGACUCUUAAUGUGACCUUCCUUACCUACCUUCUCAUCAUCACUCUAACACUUAGCAUGCUUGCUGGGCUCGAGAUCAAGUGGUCGGGGAUUUCACUUGAAGAGUGGUGGCGAAAUGAACAGUUUUGGCUGAUUGGAGGAACCAGUGCUCACCUUGCUGCUGUGCUUCAGGGGUUACUGAAAGUGAUUGCAGGGAUUGAAAUCUCAUUCACCCUCACUUCGAAAUCAGCUGGUGAUGAUGUGGAUGAUGAGUUUGCUGACCUCUACAUUGUGAAAUGGUCAUUCUUGAUGAUACCGCCCAUCACAAUCAUGAUGGUGAAUUUGAUAGGGAUUGCCGUUGGAGUCAGUCGGACCAUAUACAGUGUUGUGCCACAAUGGAGCAAGCUAUUAGGUGGGGUGUUCUUCAGCUUCUGGGUCUUGGCGCAUCUCUACCCAUUUGCUAAGGGGCUUAUGGGGAGGAGAGGAAGGACGCCAACCAUCGUAUUUGUGUGGUCUGGACUCAUUGCAAUCACCAUAUCACUGCUUUGGGUUGCGAUCAAUCCCCCAUCUGGGAAUUCCCAGAUCGGUGGCUCCUUCACAUUUCCUUGAGCCAUUUCAAUUUGGUAGAUCGACAGAAUUCAUGGCAAGGUGGAGUGAAAUGCAUCCAAUUCUUUUGAUGCUUUGCUGCUUCAGUUUCAAGCUCUUCCCGUGUUUCCCAAGCAACUUUUAAAUUGGUAGCAGAGGAUUGCGGGUGCUUUUCAACUACGUCUCUGAAGUUUUUGCUCUUCAUAAGCUACAUUUUUUUUUCCUGUCAUUGUUCUAAUUAGUUGUUCAGGGACUUCGGUAGGGGUAAGACUAUGUUCAAAAGUAUAUGUGAUCAUCUUACAUUAGAUAUAUCAUUGGUUUAUAGAUGGAUGUAGUAAUUAUUCAUGUAUUUUUUUUCUCUGCAUAGUUGUAAAUUUGGAUUUACCACUUCACAUUUUCUCGGUCAAUUGUUCUAAACUUUAAUGCA